UAUGAAUACUCGCAACAACAACCGUAACCGUCAGGCAUCCCCGCAACCUUCUCCGCCUCGUCAGCACCAGGCCCCUCGGGCCAUGGACCUCACUCAGCUUAUCGUCCAGUUUAAGAGGAUGAAUGCACCCACUUUUGCGGGGACUGAGGACCCCACAGCGGUGCUGGAAUGGAUGAAAGAGCUGGAUAAGAUUUAUGUGGUACUUCCCCUUCUGGACCGUCAGCGGGUAUCCUUCGCAGCUUAUCAGAUGAAGGAGGACGCCUCUGACUGGUGGAUUGACCACUGGGCCCGGAGGCUAGAGGCGGAGCUCCAUUCUCUCACUUGGGAGCAGAUGAAAGUGAUGGCGCGCAGCAAGUUCCUUCCCCAGAGCUCUUGGGAUAGGAUGGAGCAUGAGUUCUACCACUUGCAGCAGGGCAGCUCCACAGUGGAUGAGUAUAUCCGCACUUUCACCCGCAUGUGCCUUUUUGCGGGCGACGCAAUGAACACCGAUGCCAAGAAGGCCCGCAAGUUUCUCAAGGGGCUCAACCAUAGGAUCCGUGAACUGGUGGGAAGUCACGGGCCGAUGUAUUUUGCCGACACUGUUAGUCGGGCUCAGGAGGUAGAGAGUUGUCUCAUUCCGAUAGCUCCAGUUCCUUCCUAUUAUCAUGCUUCCCAGUCUUCUCAGACCGUUGCUCAGUACGCUCAGCCCAUCUCAUCUGUGCCGCCCGGCUCUAGUUCGGGCAAGAGAAAGUCCGACUUCCAGAACAAGAAGAAGGGUAAGAAAGGAAAUUUUGAUAGGCGCGACAACCGGUCCUCCACUGGCCAAACCUGCCCGAAAUGCGGCCGAUCCCACAGUGGCGAGUGCUUAGCUAACCAACGCAACUGCUUCAACUGCAACCAUCCGGGACACUAUGCCAAUGUCUGCCGUGAGCCGAAGAGACAACAACAGCAACAACCACCCUACCCUCAGCAGCAGCAACAGCUUCCCCCACUGCCACCUCAUCAGCAGCAUCAACAGCCCCCACCGUUCCAGCAGAGGGCUGGGGGUCAGGCCCGAGUCUAUACCAUCACCCAUGAUGAGUCCGCCCACAAUGCAGGUACCAUGUCCGGAAUGCUUUCGAUAUCCCAUGUGCCUGUCUUUGCUUUAUGUGAUACCGGUGCUACCCAUUCUUUUAUUUCUUCUCGUUGUUUGGAGGCCUUAUCUAUUAGCACCGUGCAUGCUUGUGAUCCUCUCGAGGUUAGUUGGGCCUCGGGAAAAAUUAUUAUCUCUGAUUCAGUGGUUCGCAAUCUUCCUAUCUGUAUUGGUGGUCGAGUUCUGGGGGCCGACGUCUAUGUAAUUGAUAUGCAAGACUUUGACGUGAUCUUGG